GUGGCGGGUGAUCAAAAUUUUAGCCGAUUGUUGUCAUUAGUUACGGGCAGGUUUGUCUCGUUUUCUCCAGGUUUUGAAGAUGUUUACGGAUGAAGUGCUGGACGGAGCAGAGUUUAAAUCAUCAUGGAAACGAGAGAGGCCAACUAAAUCAAGUGGCUCCCAGACCAGUGAGGUACUCACGAAUGAUUCAGAUGCUCAAACAUCGUACAAAGCAAAUGCGAAGGUUCAGACGGACCCAGUCAAAGAAAAGAAGUUUGAACUUGCAACAGACAAUUCGCAGGCUUUUCAAGACUUCAUAGCGAAGGCUACACCGAACAUUUGUGCCCAGUUGGAGCGCAAUGCACGCAGCCACGCUUUCGAUGGUUGGGAUGUUAACUGGGAGGAGGACACAGAAACAGUCACCUGUCAACAUAAGCUAAGCCACGCCCCCCUUAAGGAGGAGUUACAGUGCACACGGCUUGCGUGGAACUGUACUGGCUCAUCGCUGGCAGUGGCUUAUGGGCGGUUGGACCACCAGGACUGGUGUACGCACAGAGGGUCACUCUGCAUUUGGAAUGUUGGCCUGAAAUCAGUCAACGCAGAAAAGGCCGACACAGUUGUGGAUGUCAAUAGUUGCUUGAUGUGCUUAGCGUACCAUCCAGAGAAACCUUCUGCAAUCGUCGGCGGUAACUUUAAUGGCGAGGUCUUAUUGUGGGAUCUGACCAGGGAGGACGACAGUCUUCUGGCUACGUCAGGCAUCGGCGACGACUCGCACCGAGAACCAGUGUCAGAGGUCAUGUGGCUGCGAGAUCCAAACAAACCCAAGAAAUAUAAUAUUGUAAGCGUCAGCAGUGAUGGACAAGUCUUAGUGUGGAAGAUCAACGCCAGGAAAGGAGCCUUGGAGCUAACAGAAGGAUUCUUGCUGUUGGCUAGCAGCAUGCCAGCUACCCUCGGCCAGCCCAAGGCCAAGGGGGAAGGGGAGAUGGGCGUGAACUGUAUCUCCUAUGUCUCGGAGGACCAGAGCCAGUUUGUGAUUGGUUCGGAGUCAGGCGGAGUCUUCAAGUGCUCCAUGAACUCCACAACUCCAGUGCCAACAACCGAGUUGCUGCGCUCCGUACCCCUCCAUUCCCCCGUGGUCUUUGCCUUCCAGCCCCACCACGCCCCCGUCCACUCCAUCGAUUGUUCCCGUUACCAUCGCAACUUGUUCCUGACCUGUGGGAUGGAUUCGGAGGCACGCAUUUACAGCAUGCUGGAGUCAAGGUCUAUCAUCUCUAUUGAGCCAUCGGCUGGAUACCUCUUCUGCGCGCGAUGGUCCCCAGUACGCCCUCUUGUGUUAGCGGUGGCGACGGGCGAAGGCAAGCUCCUCAUCUACGAUCUGAAGACGAGUCGCAUCAAUCCAGUGCAGACGCUUGAGGCAAGUCCCAAGAAGAGCGCUUUGCACACGCUGGAGUUCAAUAACAAGAAUGCCACGUUGGCCACGGGCGAUGCCGACGGUGUAGUCCUGAUCUGGCAGCUGAGUGACAUGUUGUCCAAGCAAGGUUCUCGAGAGGUGGAGAUGCUCGCUGAUAUUGCCAGCUCGGCUGGGGACUAAAAACGACAUCUUUACUUGUGUUUGUAUCACAAAGGUGUACCCAGGAUUGUGGCUGUAUACAGGCUACAACCGCUUCACAUUUCACUCGAAUGCAAAGGGGAUGUGAAUUUGAUGUCAAAAAACAUUCAAGAAACUUUGCUGCAGUUUUUAGUUUGAAUGCGGCCUAUUUCUUUUAAAAAUCGCUUGAGCAUUCACUCUCACACUUAUCAUGAACCAGCUUCAAGGCCCAACUUAAACACCUCAAGCUCUAACUUUACCGUCACAAGUAGGUUAUGGUCAACUUUUUAUUUCUAAUCAAAUAAAAACGGAUGUAAUAAUAAUAAUUUCACUCAUCAUGCAGCUUUUUAUUUGUAUGAGGUAACUGGAAAAUAUGUGCAGUUUUCCCACACAAAAAGAAAUUGAGAUAAAAAUAGGUAGCAAAUUGUUUUCAUACCAAGCUAUUGUGACUUAGAAU